AUGGUGUCUAUAAAAAAGCUGGGACUCGUCGGAUCCUGCACGUUCUCCAUUGGACUUAUCAGCUAUAGCCUGGGCUUUCCCGCUAUAUUGAAGUCUCAAGUGAAAUCGCAAAUCAGACUGAAGAAGGGCACGGAAAUGCGCGACUUUUGGGAGAAGCUUCCGCAACCGUUGGACUUUAAUAUCUACGUUUUCAACGUGACGAAUCCUAGCGAAAUCAAAGCAGGAGCGAAACCAAUCGUCCAAGAACUUGGGCCGUUUCACUACGACUUGUAUCGGGACAAAGAAAAUAUCGUCGAUCGAGAGGAAGAAGACAGCGUUGAGUAUAGCCUAAAGCAAGUUUGGCAUUUCAAUCCGGAGAAAAGUGCCAUGUCAGAAAACGUGGAUAUCUGCUCGUUUCAUCCUCUCAUACUGUCAAUAAUCCUUAUCGGUCAGAGAGAUCAACCAUCCGCGAUGGGAAUCAUUAGCAAGGCAAUCGAUAGUAUUUUCAAGAAGCCUGAAUCAAUAUUCAUCAAAACUACCGUGAAAGAGUUGUUCUUCACUGGUAUAUACUUCGAAUGCAAGGAUGUGACCGAUUUCGCUGGAUCCGCAGUUUGUAGUUCGCUACGUGAAAGAGAGCACAUGUUCGUGCGAGAGGCGGAGUUAAUUUACAGAUACGGUUAUCUCGCUACGCGGAACGGGACUUACCUGCCGGAUCGCAUAAAAGUAUCGCGCGGAAUCAAGAAUCACAAAGACGUGGGCCGCGUCUUGUCUUUGGGAAACGAGACGAGGAUGAGCAUUUGGCCGGGCAGUCCCUGCAAUGACUUCCGUGGCACGGAUGGGACCAUCUUUCCGCCUUUUCUCAGCAAGGAAAGACAGGUCUGGGCACACUUUCCGGAUAUCUGUCGAAGUAUAGGUGCUUACUAUAUCGAGCCAGGAAAGAUAAAAGGUUUCAAAACUCUGCAUUACACAGCAGAUAUGGGAGAUCCGGUCAUAGACGAGGACAUGAAAUGUCUUUGUCUCGAGCCUGAAGGAUGUAUGCCGAGAAACGUGUACAACGCUGGUCCCUGCUUGAACGCGCCCAUAAGAAUAAGUCUACCUCAUCUACUCAACUCCGAUCCAUAUUACUACGAGAUGAUUGAUGGACUGACACCUGAUCCGAAGAAACACAUGAUGACUUUUGACUUCGACCCGAUGACAGGCACCCCAUUGAGAGCGUACAAGAAGAUUCAAUUCAACGUAAUGAUAGAACCCGUCGCGAAGUUCAAGCUCAUGAAAACUUUCCCAGAAGCGCUCUUCCCGAUAUUUUGGAUAGAAGACGGACUCGAGCUCGGACCUAUUCUCAUGAAACCGUUGAAACUCGCGUACAUGCAGAUUUUGAUCGCAAAAAUCAUGAUGUGGCUUAUGAUGCUGAGUGGAAUGGGUAUGAUGGGCAUUGCCGGGGUGAGGUACUACAAAGAGAACAGCAGCAAGAGUCCGAACAUAUCGCUACCGAUGCCAGGCUCGAAGAAGAGAGAGAACGGCAGUCCGCCGGUCCCAAAUAUCAGCACCAUACCUGGUAUGGUGCCACUUAACAUCGAUUAA